AUGGAGUUGUUCAGUUCUGCUAGUCCUCUUCAAAUCGUCCUUUCAAAUGAAAUUGAUGGUUUAUGUACACAAUUCUUAAGAAGUCAGAUUGAAACAGCGUUGAAAACACUGACUUCUCCAAGACCUCUUUGGGUUUCCAGCGUCCCACAAGAGUGUUUCAGUACUUUAGCGAAUUUGCUUUACCAAUUGUCAAGUUUAGGACGUGAAUCCCUGGGUAAUGAAGUAUCUAGAAUACUGUUGGUGAAAUCUAAUGGCAGGUCUGCCUUGGAAAAGGUAUCGCCAAAGCAACAAACUUAUGAAAUCCUAUUCAAUUUAGGAUCCGAAAUAAUACUCCUGCUAUUAAAAAAAUGGGGUCAGCAUAGUGUCAGACGUAUGAGCUCCACACAUGGCUCACAUCAUGAUCAUUCAGACAGCUCGCAUACGAAAUAUGAACUUGUUACAAGGUUACUGGUUUUUCUCAAAAAAUGGAUGCCAGCUCUAUCACGUAUUUUUUCCAUCAUCCGCCUUUUAUUCUUAAUUAACAAGCAUCAUUGUCGAUCAUUUUCUCAACUCUUACUCGGCUUUCAUUAUAUUUCAUUAGAUACCUCAAGGAGAAAUCUUCCAAGUAAGGAAUUCUUGCUGCUUAUAAUUUAUCAUUUCAUAAAACUUGCGAUAUCCUUCUUGAGGAAUACAAAACGAGGCAAGCAUUUGCUUAAUCCAGAGACAGAUCAAGACUCUUGGUCAUUAGAACCUCCAACACUAGAGGAUCCUAAAGCAUUUCCUUUUAUACCUGCUCCCUCUAGAAAAUGCGCUCUAUGUAUGGAAUGGAUACAUAGACCUACAGUGACUGAAUGCGGGCAUAUAUACUGUUGGCAUUGUAUAUUUAACUGGACGAAAACUAAGCCAGAAUGUCCCUUAUGCAGAUCUUUUUCCUCUCCUUCUAAGCUCAUUUUACUUCGAUAG